AUGAAACGAAACGUAUACCUUGUUUUCGUGGUGAUCUUAACUGUACGUGGGGUCACCAUCUCCAACUUCAUGUCCAGAAAUCCAACUUACGACAACCGAGCAACUCUAUCGACCGAUAUUAUAUCAACACUUAUAUUGGGAAGUCCCAUGUACUGUGCAUCUCAUUGUACGAGAAAUGACGUAUGUAAAUCCAUCAUGUUUAACAUGGACACUCAUGAUUGUCAACUUCUAUCUGUUUACAUGUCAGACACUGGGCCACAACCUUACAUUGGAAGAUUGUAUUAUGAGAAAAUUAAUGAAGGAACGAUGCCAACAACAGCUGAAGUCGAGACCACAGUGGUUAGCACUGAGACUACACCGACAACAUUUGAUUGUUCAAUUUGGCACCAACGUUUAGGCCAUUGGUAUAUGCUGGAUACUAAUUACAGAACAUUCAAUGAUUCUCGGUCAUUUUGUGCGAGCCUGUCUCCACCAUCGUACGUUAUUGAAGUGGACUCCCAAGCUGAGAAUGACUGGUUCUUCGAGUUUACAUUGUCCCAUUGUGGAAUUUUUAAUUUCUACUGGCUGAACGGAUACGAUACGGAUAAUUCCGGUUCGUUUACGUGGAUUAAGAAUCAAACUCCAGCAAUCUACACUAACUGGUACACUGGUGAACCGAAUGAUUUUUUUGGAACCGGCUCUGAAAAAUGCAUUGCAUCAAGUAAUUUUUUUAUGAAAGGGUGGCAUGAUAUUGGAUGCUCAUCGGCGAAACCGGUUGUUUGUGAAAGGGAUUCAUAGUAUCGAAUUGUUUUACAGGUAUUCAUGUAAAAAUGGAACAAACUUGAUAUCUUAUAUAAGUCCCUAAAAGUUAUUUGUGAUAUUUGAGAUAAUACCAACAACUCAUUAUGAAUAUACAAUGGGGUUUUCUUUUCUUUUUUUCACCACAAAUUUUCGUCAUUAUCAUAGAGUGAUCUUAAAAUGCUAAUUAUUAAACUAACAAAAAUGUAUCUUAAACGUUUGUGAGGUUUUGUGUUAAAUAAGUAUAUGUAAAUGACCACGGGUCCCGUUCUGUUUAAA